AUGCAUCGACGGGUGUUGGAAGCACGAGAGAAGGUGCUUGGACGCGAGCAUCCCGACACCCUCACCAGUUUCAGUAACCUUGGCAAUGUGCUUGGCAGCCAAGGGAAAAAUGCAGAGGCGGAUAUGAUGCAUCGACGAGACCUGGAAGUGAGUGAGCAAGUGCUUGGACGUGAGCAUCCUGAUACGCUCAGCAGUGUCAGUAAGCUUGGCAAUGUGCUCUUCAUCCAAGGGAAGUAUGAAGAGGCAAAAACCAUGUAUCAACAGGUACUAGAAGGAUAUACAGAAGUGCUUGGACGUGAACAUCCCGAAGCAAUGCCCAGUCUCGAUAUUCUUUAG